GCUGAAAACAGAGAAGGAAACUUGCUAGAGCGUUUUUUACCAGCGCAGGAAGCCUCCUUGUCCCGCUCUCACCCCAGAAGCCCUCCCGUACUCCAUUACUCUGGGGGGGUGGCUGUCCCACACCCGUCGGGCGAUGAACAUCGCAAGGAGAAGAGGCUUUUACAGACAGGAGGUGAACAACACGCUCUGGGAGCUGCCCAGGAGAUACACAUCCCUCCACCCGCUGGGCUCCGGGGCCUACGGCUCCGUGUGUUCAGCCAUAGACAAGAAGACCGGGGAGAAAGUGGCCAUCAAGAAGCUGUGCCGCCCAUUCCAGUCAGAGAUCUUUGCCAAGAGAGCCUACAGAGAGCUGAUGCUGUUGAAGCACAUGCAGCAUGAGAAUGUCAUUGGGCUGCUUGAUGUCUUCACCUCCACUGCUUCCUACCAGGGGUUCCAGGACUUCUACCUGGUGAUGCCAUACAUGCGGACAGAUUUACAAAAGAUCAUGGGACAUGAAUUCAGUGACGAAAAGAUCCAGUACCUGGUCUACCAAAUGCUGAAAGGGCUGAAGUAUAUUCAUUCAGCUGGCAUUGUCCACAGGGACCUGAAGCCAAGUAACCUGGCUGUGAAUGAAGACUGCCAGCUGAAGAUCUUGGAUUUUGGUUUGGCCAGACAGGCUGAUGCUGAGAUGACUGGCUACGUGGUCACACGGUGGUACAGAGCCCCAGAAGUCAUCCUGAACUGGAUGCAUUACAACCAGACAGUGGAUAUCUGGUCUAUCGGCUGUAUCAUGGCAGAAAUGCUGACUGGGAAAACACUCUUUAAAGGAAGAGACUACCUGGAUCAGCUGACCCAGAUCCUGAAAGUAACAGGGCACCCAGGAGAGGACUUCUUGGAGAAGCUGGAGGACAAAGCAGCAAAGAGUUAUAUCAAGUCCCUUCCUAAAAUCCCCAAGAAGGAUUUGUCUGUGCUUUUCCCUAAAGCAAAUCAUCAGGCUGUGGACCUGCUUGACAAGAUGUUGCAGCUGGAUGUGGAAAAGCGCCUCACAGCCACAGAGGCCUUGGCUCACCCCUACUUCGACCAGUUCCGAGACAUCGAGGAGGAGACAGAGGCACAACAUUCCUAUGAUGAUUCUCUGGAACAUGAAAAGCUUUCAAUAGAGGAGUGGAAAAAGCACAUUUACAAGGAGAUCUUGACCUUCAGUCCCAUUGCACGGAAGGAUUCAAAGAAGAGAAGUGGGAUGUCAUUAUAGCGAUGGGUGCAGCUGCAGCUGGGACUCAGUUCUCCUUGAUGACACCAAAUUCAUUCCACAUUGCAUUGCUGGUGGCCAACUUUUGGCCUGUGGGACCUCUCUCCAUGUGCCAACAUAAGGAUGACACCGUGCUGUGGGCAUUGGACUUUGUUCUACUAAAGGGGAAGCACCUCAGACAGUUUCCAAAGUAAAAGACAAAUAUAUUCUUGUUGAAACUUUAAGUGGGAGAAUUUUACCUGGUGGUUGGUUUUUGUUUUUUCCCCCUGUGUUUGUCCACUUGUGAGAGGAGGGGUUUCAUUCUUUCUCAUUAGUCUUUUCAAGCACAGGGUUUAGUACAUUAAUUAUGGAUGAGGCAAAGGAAAAGGUAAAACUGACUGGGAAGUGAGUCCGAAGCAAAAGGAUCAGAAAUACUGAAUGUCAGCAUAACAAAACCUUAACCAGUCUCACCCAGAGUGAGACUGCUUCCCUGAGCAGUCACAGAGCACCCAGCAGAGCAAGGCUGCUGGAAUGGUGUCAGCUCCAGGGCACCAGGGGAUCAGCCUAUGUUCAGAGCAGCUACAAACUUAUCUUCUCAUCCUAUACACACAAUUCUGCUCAGAUGCUUCCCCUCCAAAGAGCCACUGCCUCUUUUUUUUUUAAUUUUUCCCCUGCUUAUUUCAUUCCCAUUUCAUUUGAUCAGUGCUGUCUCUUCCUCACUGCUGACAGCAAACACAGCCUGGGAAUUCAAGGCCGCUUCCCAUAGUGACAGACUGGGAGUCUCAAGCAGCUGCACAAAAGAAAUUAGUUUGAGCAUGAAUCUGCAGGAAGUUUUCCAGCCUCUGCUGAAACUGGAGUAUCUGCAGAUCCGUGGUUUAUCAAUACAGUCACUUGAUAGUGCAGGCACAGCUGCUUGUUGUGAUAACACCUUUGGACUGCAACACCUUCUAACCCUAGGGUGAUCAGGCAGGUUCAGCCAACCAUUCCAAAGUCCAUCCCAAGGAACAUGUGCCAAGAGCCAAGUGCCUACUCUGUAUCAGAGCUCAGAGUCCCCAGGACUAGAGAAAGGUAUUGAGAAGAUAUUUGACCUCUGUAAUACAUACAGUGGUUCUCAACUCCCCCCCUCUUCUGUAGCUGCUGACUUAUUUUGGUUUGGUUUAGCCAGGCUGUUUUCAGUACUCUCGAAUUUUCUUCUUAAGUAAUGGUGAGUUUUGCAGCCCACAAAUAAGGGAAAACUGCAACAUUUCCAGAAUUUUCUGAUCUCUCCACUGGGAACUGGACACAGUGAUGUCAUGUUGCUUGGCUGCCUCCCUGUUGCAGCUCAUGGCAGGCAGCACUGGGGAUGACCCUGCAGUGACUGCAGCUUUUUGAUAGGAUGGUGUUGAUGUUUGCUUGCUGUAGCUGCGCAGAUGGUCCAUGAUGAUAAGAUGAGGUUUCUUUUGGUAUCUGUCUGGGUCAUGUAAAAGCCCUUCGCUUCACUCCUAGGUAGGGAUAGUGAGCAUAGAACUGUUGUCAUGUGUCCUCAAUUCCCUGGAAAUUCAGUGUUUUCUUAAGCAGCACGCUUGUAAAGAGCUAGGCUGGGGGAUAUGCAGUAAUGUUCUGUUGACUUUGUCCUGAAAAACACAGCUUGAUGAGAUUUAGGCUUAAUUUUUUCCUCUUGCUAAGGCAGAAGGGAGUUUUAGCUGCAUCUGUCAAACUGCAGCUGGAACACUGUCCUUUUGAACCUGACCUGGCUGCCAUGUGCAUAAUCUCGAGCAGAGGUUGGAGAGAAACUCUCUGCAGCUGCCAUUAACAUCUCGGAGAGCUGCAGAUGUUCAGAACUGCCUGUGCCAGGGUAAAAUGAGGCUUGGUGCUUUGCAGUGCAGGGUCACUGUCCAGGUGUUGGUGAGUGCACAGGGAGAUGUUUCAGGGCUGUGGGUGGAGCAGGCUUCCCUCCUGACAAUAUGAAACCCUGGACAUGGAGAGACAGCUGAGAGAAACAAGACAUUAAAGAUUGAAUGAAGACCAGAAUAGCCAGUACUAAUUUGCUUUCCGCCCCAAAGAACAGACACUCACUGCACUAAUUGUACUUACCAUGGAAUCAUUCAGGUUGGGAAAGGCCGUUAAGAUCAUCGAGACCAAACCCACACUGAAAAUGUCAGUUUCCAAGUGAAUGUGGUUUAGGGGAUGUUUUGCCUGAUUUCUCUCCACAAGGCCAUUUUUUGAGCACAUGAGCUUACACAGCUUUUAAUGUGAUGUUCAGCUGGUGCUGGCUCACAGCUGAUUCAGUCAGCUCUCCUUUUUUGUUGGAAUGCACUCCAUUAAAUAAUACUGCAUUAGUAUAACUGCAACCCUCAUUGAUUUGCUGUUACAUAAAAGUGAGUUAACUUCUUUUAGCCAAGUCUGGCUGGAAAAAUAAAAAUUCUCCUGCCAUAAACCAUCAUUUCAGAUCUGUUUUCAGAACAUUUCAUCCCCCCCCAAAAAAUGCUUUAGCAGAAGACAUUGAGAUAAAAAAUAUAAGGACCUCUGAGGAGGUAGUGCUGCGUGCUUGUGUAACCUCUCUGAUGUUAGUGAGGCUGAAGAGGUUUAUAAACAUAUAUAUAUAUAAAAUUCCAGUGAAAAUACAUGGCAACUGAAGCUAAUCACUUGAGAUACUAGGUUUUAACCUUUAAUGCCCAAAGAACUUGAUUAGCAAUUGCUCUAAUUUCAGCAAUUCUGAAGAAAACAGCAGCAGAACAAACAGCCUAAGAGAGAUACAAACGUAACUCAGUUUUGAGGCUUAGUAAAUCAACAAAGAAAAAGGUCGGCUCUCAAUUCUAAAUGAUAAUUAUCUUCCCUUUUAAAGUACAUCUUAUAUGCUUGAAUAAACAUGGGGAAAACUGUAAUAUGAAUGAAGGUGCCCAACUCUGUUUGAAGUGUCUUGGCUGCUGUUUUCAUUUGAAGCAACAUCACUAAUUUUGCACUUGUACCCUUUGAAAACUGGGACAGCAAAGAAAUUGAAUUAAGAUCUGCCUCUGGGAUUUGAGAGAAGUUCAGAAUGUUUUUUCAAAUAACACAUUAGUUCCACAGCUUUGAUAUAAAACUAAAUGAUUAAUAACUUGAUGUUGUAACACAUGGCCCUCAGUCAUCAGAGAUGUCUGGACACCUCCGUGCACAAGUCAUCCCACUGUUCUUAAUAGGGAACCUAAAAUGAUUAUAAGAAGCUAAUUUCAGUGCAAAUUUAAGGGUAUAAAGUUUCAAAACUGAGGUAAAAAUGAAAGUUUGCAAAAGUCGGUCAUACUAAAAAAAAGGUAAAAAAAAAAAAUCAA